AAUAAUAACUUCAUUAUUUAUUUUUCCAAGUCGCCUAGAUACUUGGUAUAGCUAGGUUCAAUGCAUCAUAGGAAGUAGUGGUUUCUUAAUUGUUCUGUUGUUUGUGAUAGCAUUAAUUAUCUUUGUAAUACUGUUAAACAUAAAUAAAUUCUUUCAACCGGGUGGAAUUAUCACUCAGUGCAUAUUCAGAAAAUAUUUGUUUCUUUCUUUAAACAGAGAGAAUAACUGCCUAUAGUUUUUUCACUUUCUUGUUCUUACUAAAUUUCCAUUUUCGCAUCAUUAAUGCUGUAUUAUUUUGGGACAAGAUUGAUAUCAUCUAUGAUAUAGUGAAUAUUUAGUGUUACUUAUGUAUUUUGGUGCCCUAUCACAUUAUUCCUUAUAAUUGGACAAUUUACUAUGAGUUUCUAGAUGUUUUUAGGUAUAUUAGUUAAAAGGUCCUUAUGCUGUUGCUUUAUAAUUUCUAUGAUUUCAGGAAGAUUUUUAUGCUGUUGUGGAUUGGGCAUACAAGAUUGAUCCUUUAUGUUGCAUAUCAAUGCAUGGAACUACAGAACGCUAUCUCUCUAGUCAAAAAGCUGAUGCAGCAGGAUUUGUACGCAUUCUGCUUGGUGACUUGGAGUCUCGCAUAUCUAUGUUGUUCAGUCGUUUUGUUGAUGAAGCAUGCCAUCAGAUUGAAAGACAUGAGCGCAAUGCUCGCCAAACGGGUGUCCUACCGUACAUUCCUAGAUUUGCAUCCCUUGCAACACGGAUGGAGCAGUAUAUAUCAGGACAGUCGAGGGAUUUGGUUGACCAAGCAUACACAAAAUUUGUAAGUGGUUCCUUUUCAGAUCUGUCUUGUUUUGUGAUGUCUUCCAACCAGGGACGGAACUAG